CCGCGUUCAACAGCGCGCGGUUCAGGUUUCGCAAUCCCUUGGACAUUGAGCCGCUACGAUGGGACGCGGAGGAGGUGCCCGGGCCUGACUAUACGAGGCGCGACGUGCUCCUCCAGCUCGCGAAGAUGACGCACAACUCGUACUACGAGCCCAGCAACAAGGAGUGGUAUGACUUGGGCGAGGACUGGAAUAACACCUUCCCCUUCGGCUGGGAGCCCGACGCCGCAGGCUUCCGAGGCCAUAUCUUCGUCUCCACGGACAACAGCACCGUCGUCAUCUCCGUCAAGGGCACGUCCACUGGCCUCUGGGAGCCCUCGCGCACGCUUGACAAGCUCAACGACAACCUCCUGUUCUCGUGCUGCUGCGCGAAGGUGGGCCCGACGUGGACACCGGUGUGCCCGUGUGCGCAGGGCGGGGGCAAGUGCGACGAGGAGUGCGUGGAGCGGUCGCUUGUGGACGAGAGCUUGUUCUAUCCGAUCGGCCUGAACUUGUACAACAACGUCACCUACAUGUACCCGGACGCGAACAUCUGGCUUAUUGGACAUUCGUUGGGCGGCUCCCUCGCGGCGCUGAUGGGUGCGACGUUCGGCGCGCCUGUCGUCGCUUUCGAGACCCCUGCGGAUCGUCUAGCAGCGCGACGCUUGCAUCUUCCGACUCCUCCCUCCACCCUGCACAUAACACAUGUCUUCCACACCGCCGACCCGAUCCCCAUGGGCGCGUGCACCGGCGUGACCUCCAUGUGCGCCAUCGGCGGCUACGCCCUGGAGAGCCGCUGCCACCUUGGGCAGCGCAUCGUCUACGACACGAUCACCGAGCUUGGGUGGGCACAGGAUGUACGGACGCAUCCGAUCAAGGUGAUCAUAGAUCAGCUGCUGGGGAAGCCGUGGAACGCGACGAAGACGGGGCCGAAGCCCGGGGAUGGAGGUGAGCGGGAGGGCGAUCAGCCUCGGGAGGGAGAGACAAGGAAGGGUGAUCCCUCGGGCGAAGAUGGCCACUCGGGCGCAGGCGAUUACCCGGAGCUCGGGGAAGGCGAUCGGUCAGAGGGCGGGGAAGAGGGUGGUGACGUCUGGUGGUGGCCUCGAUGGCCAGGUGGAGGGAAGGGGGGCGAGGAGCCUGAGGACGGGGUAGAUUUGAAUUACGUCCCUCCCGCGGUUCCUGAGGACGACGAUUGCGUGGACUGCUACGCUUGGGAGUACGUAUAGCGGACUGCUAGGUAUCGCUAGUCGUCGUCGCUAUGGUUUUCUGGGGAGUAGAGAGGUGUAGCCAGCGAGGGUAAAGUGGUGUAGAGGGGUUUACGACAGUGUAUAUUAUAGUCGGAUUUCUGGUUGCUAGUAGCUCUGUUUACGAAGUGGCCAGAGGGCGGGGAUCUGUCGACGCCUGGAUCAGAAGGCGCACAUCGUCUCAGCUGGCCUGGUAUGCUCUAUGCGGG